AAGAGGGGGGAGUGAGAGGCAGAGAGCGGCUCCAACUGUUGAAUUUUCCCUGCAUCUCCACUUCCCUGCGGGCGGCUGGUGCCAUGGAUCUGGCUUAUCGGGAGUCGGCGUUCCUUUUGCGUGCUGUCUGGCUAAGGCUGGCGACCGUCUGUUUGCGAGGGGCCACCCACCAAUGAGGCAGAGAAGAAAUUGUGUUUUCGCUUUGGCUUUCGCCAGCCUCUCCACCACAGGUUGCAGCAUUAACUCUGUACUUUGGGUCCGGACUCAAAUAAAGGAGAAAAAGCAGUGCAGGACUGAGACUCGGAACUAGAGCUGUGUGUUGGGAACCUAUGUUGCUUUGGGGUGUUUUCUACUUUUUUUUUUUUUUUUUUUCCUUUUUAUUUUUUCCUUUAAUCUGAAAGAGCUCUGAUUGUUGCACACAUAACACUGAGGAAAGGUGGUUUAAAAACACUCAGCAAAGCAGGAGACAGACGAGCCUCAGUGCCAGUGCGUGGAUAACAGCCUUGUUUUCCUGAUCCUCAGUCUCCAGGAGAAAGAGGUAUAGUAAAAGUGUAGCUGGAUCUGACACCCCCUCUCUCAUUCUUUUCUUUUUUCUUUCCCCCCCUCUCCCCCUUCCCCUCCAAAACAUACAUCUUAUUAUUUAUUUAUUUAUUUUGUCUAUAGAGUGAGUCAGAGAAGCGUUAGGGAGAAGCUGCAACUAAUGUCUGUGAAGGGAGGAACAUGAGGAGAUAGUGAAUGUGAUUUGUUCCGCUGGAUCUGACUCAUCCAGCAGACUGGAACACCUGCAUUUGGUUUCUGCCAUUCAUUUAUUUUUAGUUGUUAAAAGAAUCAGAAACAAAAUUGAGCUGCCCUUCCCCAGUAUUUACUGGGAAAGGUAAAUCAGACAGGGCAAACGCAUCUGGCAUUGCUGCUGCUCUUCCUACUAUUACUGAGAUGCUUGGAGAGACUACAAGAGCCUGAAGGGGCUGCAAAAAUGCAUCACACCCGCCACAGAGCUGCAUAGGUUUAAUAUAGGUGAAUCAGGCGAUUAAAAGACCUGCCACUUUAUUCACCACCGGGAUUUCUUUUCUCUUCCUCUCCCCUCCCCUGAAUGAAGCGGACUGGGUGGCAGUGUCACUGGGAGGAGAUGCUGUAUAGAAAGAAAAGAGAGGCACUUGACAGCGCAGCCCUGUGAAUACAGAGACUGUUUUCCUUUUAGAGGGAGACUAAGAGAGAGAGAGUGUGUGUGUGUGUAUGUGUGGUGCUUUUCUUUUUUUUCCCUCUCCCCCACCCCCCCAGUCCUUCCCUUUCUCUCGAGCUCUUGUUUAAUCUAUGCGUCCAGCCAUGGGUUGCCUGUUGAUUUCCUCUCGACUGGAGAGAAAAGCAAACUGGGAUUAAACUGCAGCGAGAAAAGUGCAGCUCCUCAGACACGCAUCUGCACACACACAUAGACACACACAGAAAGGAUGUGGUGGCGGCAGCUGCUGGCCUGUCUUAAAGAAACCAGAGCGUGCAUCUGAUUAGUGCUGCCUGUGAUUGCUCUUGAAAGAUAUAUGUUCGCUGCUAAUGGUGAUGAUGAGCUGGUGGGUUUCUUGAUUUAUUUUUUUUUUCUUUUUUCUUUUUCCCCUACCCUAGAAGGAGAGUGGGAGGCUUGUAGUAGAGAGAAAGGGAAUUGUGAAUCCGGACACUAGUUAGUUGCUUUCAUUUUUAUUUUUUAUUUUAUCCUCUGCUUUGCCAUUCUCAUGCCCUCGCCUUUUGAUUCGGGAAGGAAAGAGUGAGAGUGUAGGAAACCGAGGAAAUACCGAUGGCAGCGAGAUGCAGCUCUCCGCCGCAAGCAAUGCGAGAUUAGAUCUCUAAAUGCAGCAAAACACUCCCUGAAAGCCAACAGCCUCGCGGUGCAAUCAGACAUUUCACUGCCUCUCAUUGCACACGAAGAGGGCUUCUCCAACAAGCUGAGACUUUUUUCCCUUCUGUCUCACCCAUCUCUCCACUCCAUCAAUCGCAUCACAAGUGAUGAGUAGCAAAUAAGGUUUUUCUCCCCCUGCUUAUAGACCUGUGGUCACUAUCCCCUUUUCCCAUGUAUAUAUGAAUACACGUAUUAAACAAAAAAAAUAAAAAUUUUUUUGAUCAUUUUUUUUAGAAAAACAACCACCACCGCUGAUUUUUUGUGAUUAUUAUUUUAUUAUCCUUUGUACAUCCGCGGACAUUCAGCGAUCAGGAACGCUUCGUCUGCUUGGAUGAGAAGAUCUUUUGCAAAUUUUCUGAUUUUUUUACAGUCCUCCCACUGCCGAAGUUGGACGGCCGAAGUAACUGUGAGGGGACCUCAGUCACGGCGAGUACUUCCUGAGACGCUGCUGGAGCUACUCCCCCCUCCCCCGCCGCCCCCCUCCGUCUGCUCCCUCCCUCCCUCUGAGCUACAUGGUCCAUUUGCUGCCUCUCAUCCUGUGCCUCUGCAGAUGUUUUAGAGCAACAGGUUCAGGAACUUAAAAUAUAGGGGUGGGGAGUGAGAAGGAAUAAAAAAAGAAAAAGAAAAAAAAAAAAAGAGAGCCUACAGAGGAGGAGGAGGAAGAAUAAACCUAGUGCAGGAGGCAGAGAAGACGGGGACGACCCUGGUCACCGCUGCAGCUGCUGCCACCCCCACCCCUGCUCGGGGAUGUACCUUUUCAUUUGUUGCUUCUUCCUCUGCUGGGCUCCUGCCCUGACACUGAAGAACCUAAAUUACUCAGUGCCAGAGGAGCAGGGAGCAGGCACGGUCAUUGGGAACAUUGGCCGCGAUGCACGGCUGGCAGCGGGGGCAGCAGGUGGUGGGCUGCAGCCUGCUGAGCGCAGUGGCCCUGGCCGUGGCUCAAAGUCCACCUUCCGGGUGCUGGAGAACUCUGCCCCUCACCUCCUGGAUGUGGACGGGGAGAGUGGGCUGCUCUAUACCAAGCAACGCAUCGACCGUGAGGCACUGUGCCGGCGCAGCACCAAGUGCCAACUGUCCCUUGAGGUGUUCGCCAAUGACCAGGAGAUCUGCAUGAUCAAAGUGGAGAUCCAGGACCUGAACGACAAUGCACCAACAUUCCCUUCUGACCAGGUGGACAUGGACAUCUCAGAAAAUGCUGCGCCAGGCACCCGCUUCCCCCUUACCAGUGCCCAUGACCCAGAUGCUGGGGACAAUGGGCUGCGCACCUACCUUCUAACCCGUGAUGACUAUGGCCUCUUCUCUCUUGAUGUGAAGUCCCGUGGUGAUGGCACAAAGUUUCCGGAGCUGGUCAUCCAGAAGCCAUUAGACCGUGAGGAGCAGAGCCACCACACUCUGGUGUUGACAGCACUGGAUGGUGGCGACCCACCACGUUCGGGCACGGUGCAGAUCAAUGUACGCCUCAUUGACUCCAAUGAUAACAGCCCUGUCUUUGAAGCAGCCUCCUAUGUGGUUGAACUACCAGAGAAUGCACCACUAGGGACAGCUGUUAUUGACCUCAAUGCUACUGAUGCUGAUGAGGGCACCAACGGUGAGGUGCUCUACUCCUUCAGCAGCUAUGCACCGGAUCGUGUCCGUGACCUCUUUAGCAUCGACCCACAGAGUGGCCUCAUCCGUGUCAAGGGCAACUUGGACUAUGAGGAGAGUGGUCUUAUAGAGAUUGAUGUCCAGGCUCGAGACCUGGGACCCAACCCCAUCCCUGCUCACUGCAAAGUCACUGUCCGCCUCAUUGACCGCAAUGACAAUGCUCCCACCAUUGGCUUUGUCUCUGUUCGCCAGGGAGCACUGAGUGAGGCUGCCCCACCAGGCACCGUCAUUGCCCUUGUGCGGGUCACUGACCGUGACUCGGGUAAGAAUGGGCAGCUCCAGUGCCGGGUGCUAGGCGGUGGUGGUGGGCCUGGAGCUGUCCCUUUUACAUUGGAGGAGAACUAUGACAACUUCUACACUGUAGUCACUGACCGGCCCCUCGACCGUGAGGCGCAGGAUGAGUACAAUGUGACCAUUGUGGCACGUGAUGGGGGCAACCCCCCACUCAACUCCACCAAAUCGUUCUCUGUCCGAAUCCUUGAUGAGAAUGACAAUCCACCCCGCUUUAGCAAGAAUCUUUAUGUAUUGCAGGUGCCUGAGAACAAUAUCCCUGGAGAGUAUUUGGGCUCUGUCUUGGCUCAAGACCCUGACUUGGGCCAAAAUGGGACAGUCUCUUAUUCCAUUCUGCCCGGGCACGUGGGUGAUGUAUCCAUCUACACCUAUGUCUCUGUCAACCCAACCAAUGGUGCUAUCUAUGCCCUGAGGAGCUUUAACUAUGAACAGACAAAGCACUUUGAGUUUCGUGUGCUGGCCAAGGACUCAGGUUCACCCCACCGUGAGAGCAAUGCCACAGUACGUGUCACCGUGCUCGAUGUCAAUGACAACGCACCCCUCAUUGUCCUGCCUACCCUCAUCAAUGACACUGCUGAGCUGCAGGUGCCACGCAAUGCUGGGGUGGGCUAUCCUGUAGGCACCGUUCGUGCCCUGGACAGUGACUUUGGGGAGAGUGGGCGCCUCACGUAUGAGAUUGUAGAAGGCAAUGAGGAGCACCUCUUUGAGAUGGACCCCACUAGCGGUGAGAUACGCACCUUGCACCCUUACUGGGAGGAGCUCAGCCCUGUGGCUGAACUAGUGGUAAAAGUCAGUGACCAUGGCAAGCCCAGCCUCUCUGCAGUGGCCAAACUCAUUGUCAGGGCCUUGGCAGGGCCCCUACCCGAGGCUGGCGAGCCACAGGUGAAUGGCGAGCAGCAUCGGCGGCCGCACUGGGACUUGUCACUGCCCCUGAUUGUGACCCUGAGUACUGUCUCCAUCAUCUUGCUAGCUGCCAUGAUUACUAUUGCUGUGAAGUGCAAGCGAGAGAACAAGGAGAUCCGCACCUAUAAUUGUCGCAUUGCCGAGUAUAGCCACCCUCAGCUGGGAGGAGGGGGAGGCAGUGGCGGGGGAGGAGGAGGCAGUGGCAGUGGAGGGGGCAAGGGCAAGAAGAAGAAGAUCAGCAAGAAUGACAUUAUGCUGGUGCCCAGUGAGGGCGAGGACAGCCGGGGCCCCCUCAAUGUCAUGAACGUGGUGAGCAGCCCAUCCCUGGCCACCUCACCCAUGUACUUUGACUACCAGACCCGCCUGCCCCUCAGCUCUCCCAGGUCUGAGGUGAUGUACCUGAAGCCCGCCUCCAACAACCUGACUGUACCCCAGGGACAUGUGGGCUGCCACACCAGCUUCACAGGGCAAGGGACUAACGCCAGCGAGGCUCCCCCGAGCCGGAUGUCCAUAAUUCAGACAGACAAUUUUCCCGCAGAGCCCAAUUACAUGGGCAGCAGGCAGCAGUUUGUUCAAAGUAGCUCCACGUUCAAGGAUCCAGAAAGAGCCAGCUUGAGGGACAGCGGGCAUGGGGACAGUGAUCAGGCUGACAGUGACCAAGACACUAACAAAGGCUCCUGCUGUGACAUGUCUGUUAGGGAGGCACUCAAGAUGAAAACUACUUCAACUAAAAGCCAGCCACUUGAACAAGAACAGCAAGGCAGAGGCCAAAGACCCAUUGUUGGGAUCUGUGGACCAGCCCGCUGUGAGGAUGGAAAAUUUUCAGAACAAGAAGAAUGUGUUAAUUGCACAGAUGAAUGCAGAGUGCUUGGUCAUUCUGACAGAUGUUGGAUGCCACAGUUCCCUGCAGCCAGCCAGGCUGAGAAUGCAGAUUAUCGCACAAAUCUCUUUGUACCCACAGUUGAAGCUAAUGUUGAGACUGAGACUUACGAAACUGUGAAUCCCACUGGGAAAAAGACUUUUUGUACAUUUGGGAAAGACAAGAGAGAGCACACUAUUCUCAUUGCCAAUGUUAAACCUUAUUUAAAAGCCAAACGUGCCCUGAGUCCUCUACUUCAGGAGGUUCCCUCAGCAUCGAGCAGCCCAACCAAGACAUGCAUUGAGCCUUGCACCUCAACAAAAGGACCUCUGGAUGGUUGUGAAGUGAAAUCAGGAGCCUUGGCUGAACCAAACAGCCAGUACUUGUCAACUGACAGUCAGUAUCUAUCGCCUAGUAAACAGUCAAAAGACGCUCCCUUCAUUACAUCAGAUCAGAUGGCUAGGGCCUUUGCAGAUGUGCAUUCCCGAGUGAGCCGAGACUCAAGUGAGAUGGACUCUGUUCUGGAGCAGUUAGACCGUUCAGCCCGGGAUCUAGGCAGGGAGUCGGUGGAUGCCGAGGAAGUUGUGAGAGAAAUAGACAAGCUCUUGCAGGACUGUCGGGGAAAUGACCCUGUGGCCAUCCGAAAGUGAGGGGGAAAAUAAGGACAGGCUGGCAGUUAUGUUCCUCUUCUGCUGACUAAAACUAACUAAAUAAAAAAUAAAAUCCCCUGGCUGUAACAGGAAUGAUUUACAAGAAUGAAGGAAGACCAAUGCUGCUUUAAGGCUUUUAGUGAACAUCUGAAGUGCCCACGAGUAUGUUCUUUUCACUGCUCUUUCUUUUUGACAGAUAACACUGGUUUCAUUUUGACCAAACUUUCAUUAGGACAGAGUCAAGUACACAAAGAACUGUACAAAUGAAGAAAAGACGGUACCAUUUUGACAAUCUGAUAGGAAAGUGGAAUGGAAAUACGUCUGAUACUUUAAGACUGUCCUCAAUAGCUGAUGCUGACUUUACUGUUUACGUAUAAACCCCAAGAAAAAACAGGGUUGAAUAUUUCUGUUCUGUGGUGGAUUUCCAGCAGUCACCACAGGCUUCUACGGAAAGUCCUAAAAGAGUUCUUGUAGUAGUCCAAGCGACGCCAAACAUUAACAUUCAUUUGUGGUAAACAUUUAUGUACAAAGUUAUCUGCCACAAAUAAGGGAGGAAA